AUGGGACAACAGCUGGACUCCGGGUCUCCUAACCCGGUCAUCUGGGAGGAAAUCUGCGUGGUAAAUGAUCUCAUCCUACGCUCUACUCGUGGAGCUGUCCAGGGCUGCGGCCAUGUCAUGGGACUGGCCGUAGCGGGUGAGAGGGGUCUAUGGCUCAACCACUCAGGUCUGACAGACGCUCAGAAGGCUGAAGUUAUGGACACUGCUUAUGACCCUACCAAAGGUCUGUUUGGUCCGGCCCUGGAGAAGAUGAAGGAGACCAGUACCCUCCGUAAAGAGGAGGGUGCGGCCUUUAAUCUUUGUCUGCCAAGGAAACAACCUCCUCGUCCAGCGCAGCCCCAGAGAGCGGGCCCCUCUGGACAGACAGGCCCCAGGGUUCCCAGGGCGGGCCCUGGGCCGCAGAGGGGGGCAACCCAGCACCCUGGCCAGCAUUCCAACCAGCAUUCUGGCCAGCAGCAACGGCCAGGCAACUCCAGACCAUGGGGAAAACACUCCUAUGCUGCGGCUGCAGCAAAAAACCGCUCUUCUCAGCCCGGGGAGAGCAAAAAGAAGCGCAAUUCCUAG